CUUGGAACUGCCCGGCCGCCGCCGCCACCGCUGUCGCCGCCGCCUCAGCUGUGUGGGACCCGCGCCGGUGCGCAGACGAAAGGCUCGCUUUCUUUGCUGAAAGUUCCUUCAGGAAAGCUACCAUCUCCCCAGCCCACCAUGGCAGAUGAGAUUGAUUUCACUACUGGAGAUGCUGGGGCUUCAAGCACAUACCCUAUGCAGUGCUCGGCCCUGCGCAAGAACGGCUUCGUGGUGCUCAAAGGACGACCGUGCAAAAUAGUAGAGAUGUCAACUUCCAAAACUGGAAAGCACGGUCAUGCCAAGGUUCACCUUGUUGGAAUUGAUAUUUUCACGGGCAAGAAAUAUGAAGAUAUUUGCCCUUCUACUCACAACAUGGAUGUUCCAAAUAUUAAGAGAAAUGAUUAUCAACUGAUAUGCAUUCAGGAUGGUUACCUUUCCCUGCUGACAGAAACUGGUGAAGUUCGUGAGGAUCUUAAGCUGCCAGAAGGUGAAUUAGGCAAAGAAAUAGAAGGAAAAUACAAUGCAGGUGAAGAUGUACAGGUGUCUGUCAUGUGUGCAAUGAGUGAAGAGUAUGCUGUAGCCAUAAAGCCCUGCAAAUAAAUGGGAACAUCAGGCAUGAGGAAACUCUUUAGGUCUGGAUCCACUGCAGAUCUCAAGUUUGGUUCUAAGUUGUCACCAAAGCUUUAUAAGCAACCUCAUUUAUUUUUUCAUUGUUUUGAAAUCGUGCUGAGUUAGUUUUGCUGACAGUUGGUAAUUUAAAAAUAUAAUCAAGGUGUAUAAUUCUUUUUUUUAAUUAGUUUAUAGGUAUUUUUCCUAUAACAUUCCUAUGGUUUUUCAGUUUAUAAGUCUAAGAAAGAGACAAGGUAGUUUCAACAGAUGUGAUUUGUCUAAUCAAAUCAUUCCUGAGUUUUAGUUAAAUGAUCAAUAAACCAGGGUUUUAAAUUGAACAAUGUAGCAUCUAGCGGUAUUGAAGUACCACAUUUGAGUUGCUCUGCAUUAAUUUCAGAUCUAAUGUCAUAGAGUAAGUAGAUUAUGGAUUGGAACUAUCACAGUUUCAGCCUAUGUGUGGCAAGCACAAAUCCUUAAACAAAAAUCAUGUUAUCAAAAAGUGUCAGUUAUCUUAGUAGCCAUGUGAAGCACCCUGUAUUACCUCAGUCUUACUGUUCUUUGCCAUAUUGUUGGCUAACUUAAUAUAACGUUAUAUAUGGUGAUUUUCGUACCUGCUGUGGUUGACAGGCAUUAAACGAUUGGGUAACUGUUAGCAAGUCAUACUGUAAAGAAGAUACAAGGGACAGUGGCAAAAUGGGUUGGUUAAAGCUAUAGGUUUUUAUUUGAAGCCUUUGUAAUCAACAUAAAAAUAGAGAAGUUCCUAGAUGUACUUUUGCUUUUAACUUUCUCUCCCUCCCUCUCCCUCCCUCUCCC